GGCUGUGAUGGGACUACAAAUCCGUUAGUAGUCCCAGCCUCCUCCUCCUCUUCCAUCAUGGCUCCCUCGGUAGACAGACAGGGAUACUGGGGCCGGCCGACCUCCACGCUGGACUGGUGUGAGGAGAAUUAUGUCGUCUCUUUCUACAUAGCGGAAUUCUGGAACACUGUCAGCAACCUGAUUAUGAUCCUGCCUCCCCUUUAUGGAGCCGUCCAGACGUUUCGCGACGGACUGGAGCUCCGCUACAUCUGCUCUUUUCUGGGACUGGCAGCUGUUGGCGUUGGCUCCUGGUGUUUCCACAUGACGCUGCUGUACGAGAUGCAGCUACUGGACGAGUUGCCGAUGAUCUACAGCACCUGUGUCUUCGUCUACUGUCUAUAUGAGUGCUUCAAGCAAGAAAACUGCAUCAGUUUAUUUCCCAUAGCGCUGUUAUUAAUCUUCAGUGUCUCAGUCACUGUGGUGUACUUACAGUGGAAGGAGCCCGUGUUUCACCAGGUCAUGUACGGCGCUCUGGUGGGCUGCCUGGUGAUGCGCUCCAUCUUCAUCGUUACAUGGGUCUACCCGUGGCUGCGGCCGCUCUGCUACACCUCCUUAGGCAUCUUCCUGUUGGGCUUCCUGCUGUGGAACAUCGACAAUAUCUUCUGCGACUCGUUAAGAGCGAGUAGGAAGACGCUGCCCCCUGGUGUUGGAGUAGUGACACAGUUCCACGCCUGGUGGCACAUUUUCACAGGUCUGGGCUCUUACCUGCACAUUCUCCUCAGCCUGCAGAUCAGAUCAACCUACCUCAAGUACAGACCAAAAGUAAAGUUUCUGUGUGGCGUGUGGCCGACCCUGCACAUCGAGCCUCAGAAGACGAGCUGAGGCGGAGGGACGGUGACCGACUGAAGGAAACAAAUCCAGACGCGAUCCGCACAGAGGCCUGACAGUGUGCCCCCACCAACCCCCCGCCCCCCACCCCCUCCCCCUCCUCCCAGCCGCCGCUGGGAACGAGCCCACGGCCGGGCCAGUGACAGGUGGGCCCCAGGGUACCACCCGAGGGACCCCCCCGGUUCUGCUCAGUACAGCACAGAGUCCAGAUCAUGGGACUGGAAGAUGGGAGAUAAUUUAUUAGAUUAGCUUUUCUGUGACGUUCUUGAAGUGUCGUGUCGAUUAAUUUUUUUAAUGCGGUGGAUGUUGUGUCUCGCUGCGGAGGCACAUGUUGAAGGAUCAUGGAUCAGGGUUGGAGAAAAUGGUCAUUUAUUCCAGUUUUUUUAAUUUGUCUGUUAAGUCCUGUGAAAACAUUAAUCUCUGAAGCAUUGCUAUAUUUAUAACUAUAUCCCAGUUACAAGCUAAUAUAAGUGACAUGAUUGUGUACGAGUACUGUAGUUUUACGAGUAGCUGAAAUACUUAUAACACAGAGGAGUAGUGGCCACCGUGAAGUGGGUUCCUGUGCUUCUUGGACGCGAGAAUCACUCCGAGAGAGGGGGUGAAGGGAAUAAUGAGUCGGUUAACUGAAGGAUUCUCAUCAGUUUCUUCAUUUUACUUGAAACUUAUGCAUCAAAAUGCUCUAAAACUGGAUGAAUUGCUUUUUUAAAAUCAUGACGAAUGGAUUUUAAGCAGCUUUUUUUAAUGCUACAGGAUCAGUGAAUGGGGUGGAUUUUCUCCCAGGGUGGGAGCGAGCCGAGGCGCUUUCCGUCUCGGGUUUCAGACACGUUCACUUUACGGAUGGAUGUAAAGGUUUGCCAGCGGGCGCCUCUGGGGUCGUGUUCCCUUUCAAAGCGCCCGUCCUGGAAUCUGAUCAGGUGGGAGUGUCACAGGCACCAACACCACAAAGGAAAACACAGAUUGCCGGUCAUCCACUUCUACACAGGACACGGUUUGGACUGUAAUACGGUGUGUCCUCAAGUGAAGAGCUGGAGCAAAAAGAUUCAUGAUCUAUUGAAAAUGAAGUCCAAGCAUAACAAGCACAGUCCACCUUUCAGUGACUCAGAACUGAUUCAGUCUGAACCCGAUUCCUCCGAUUUGAAAGAGUUUCCUCUUUAAACUUAACCAUGCUCUUCAAUACUGCUGCUUUUAAUCACCACUCUUUCUUUACCAGUAUCGAUGCUGCCAAAGCGAGGAGUCCUGCGGCACAUGCAGUUUGUGAAGUAACCACUAGGUGGCAGAAACACCCAGCUCAUGUCAGACAUUGCCAAGCAUGCCACACAGACUACCUACCUGCUGUACAACCUCAUGCACUGUUUGUUCUGUGAUUUUAUUUACAUUUCUUUGUGUUGCGACUGUGAAACAUUACUGACAUGUUAACACAAUCCUGAAGCUUGAAGUCAGUAGUUAAUUGAAAGAUGCACAAAGCUGCAGUUAGAUAUUUUUAUUUUUUAAAACCUGCUGCACUCUCCUGGUAUAACUGUCAUGUUUCGUGAUGCUGUGACGCUGACGUUCAUGCUCGGGUGCAACGACGCCGAAACCCAGUGUUAGAAACCAUCAUAAGCACAAUGUGUGAAAGUAUUAACUCUGUCCAGACGUCUGAUUGGAGCCUUCGCUGUAUUUCAUUCUGUUGGUGUCGCUGCUCCGCGGCGAAGCUGAGCGGCCGUCCAAGAAGGUGCCUUAAUGUUAUUCCUGCAGUGUAACCCGAGUUGCCUUGACAUCUGUGCUCAUCUGUUCGUCCCUCGCCGUCACACGUUUUGCCCCCUCAGCGGUUUGAGCAUCAGAAAGAGAAACGGCGUCAAAAGCAGAGCGUGUGCCUGAUGUUCAGGCCUUCCUUUCAUUCAUUCAUCUCCUCAGCUGCAGGUUGUGCUCGCCAUGCUAACUGUAGAGGCUGGAGAUGUUGUUUCCAGGCCAGAAGUGCAAACUGUCAACUUCCCUGUUGAACUUUGUUCAUGUGCCAGUCUUUUACGAUGUCCCGUGUUGUCAAAUAAAAGAAUGUGUCAA